CGCUAUGGGCUGCUCGCAGUCGAAGUCGGCCUUGAACACAUCGUCGGCGCUGGUACCGACGACAGCACCGGUUGCGCCGCCCCAAAAGGUCUACCUUCUCUCGUCGUACUCGAUCGACGACUCGGGUGUUGUGCUCUACCACAUAACGUCGGACGACGUCGUGGCCACCAAGCGCUUUACCGACUUCAAACUGUUCCAUCAAGAGAUGAGCUUGCUCAUUGAGGACUUGCCGCCGCUGCCCGAGGCCGGUCUUCGUACGUACCUGCGCCGACACGACGUGGCGAUGAUCGAGGCCCGGCGCGAACGCUUCCAGGAGUUUAUCAACUACGUCGUCGCCUUCGACGACGAGAUCCUCAACGCGGCGCUCGAAGUGUUCUGUGCCCUUCGCGUCGACGUGAGCGACGACGCCGACACGUACGAAUAGGCGAUGUCGAUAUGACUGGGUAGAAGUAGUGUAGCAUGAUAGUACAUCAACAU